GAAAAGACCUCCAGUCCUUCACUCUUUCGUUCCGUGGCAUAUUCCAUAGGAAUAAUUUAUAAAAUUAAAAUUAUAUGUACAUUUUCAGGUCCCCUCUCCCUCUCCGCUCCCCAUUGCCGCAUUGCUCUCCCUCGGCUCGGUCCCUCUCCGGCUCUCCCUCACGGCCUCGCCCACUGCGCCUUCGAGGAGCUCCGAAUCCCGAUCGCCUCGGUCCCCGCGAGCUCACAUGGUGGGGGCGCGCACCAGAGGCUAGGGUUCCCAGUUCCCAUCAUUCUCCUGCUGAUUAAAACCGUGGGGUUUUGGAGAGCCUGAGGCUGUGGCGGCGGCAGGAAUGAACGGGGAGGUGGAAUGCAGCGUGUGCCAUGCGAAGGUGCCGGUGCCGCCGCCGGUGUCGAAAGCGUACGACAGCCACCGGAGCACUGUGUCGUCGCGGCAACGUGCGCUAAACGUGCUCCUCGUCUCCGGCGACUGCGUCCUUGCCGGCCUCCAGCCUAUAUUAGUGUACAUCUCAAAAGUGGAUGGGAAAUUCAAAUUUAGCCCAAUCAGCGUGAAUUUCUUGACAGAGAUUACAAAAAUUAUGUUUACCAUUGUAAUGCUAUUCAUCCAGGCUAGACGUCUAAAGGUGGGAGACAAGCCACUUUUUACAGUUUCAAUAUUUAUGCAGGCUGCUCGCAAUAAUGUUCUUCUUUCAGUACCUGCUUUUCUCUAUGCUAUCAACAACUAUUUGAAGUUCAUAAUGCAGUUAUAUUUUAAUCCUGCUAGCGUGAAAAUGCUGAGUAAUCUCAAGGUUCUGGUAAUCGCAGUGCUUCUUAAGAUGAUAAUGAGGAGGCGAUUUUCCGUAAUCCAGUGGGAGGCCCUUGCCCUUUUGUUAAUCGGAAUAUCUGUUAAUCAGCUGAAAUCAUUGCCAGAAGGUUCUAGUGUGCUAGGUCUUCCUGUUGCAGCUGGAGCCUACCUAUAUACAUUGUUUUUUGUAACAGUUCCCGCAUUGGCUUCAGUUUACAACGAAAAGGCUCUUAAAAGCCAGUUUGAUACCAGUAUUUACCUUCAGAACUUGUUUCUGUAUGGUUAUGGUGCGAUAUUUAACUUUAUUGGGCUUGUUGUCACUGCUAUCAUCCAAGGGCCCAGUAGUUUUAACAUUCUAGAAGGCCACUCAAAGGCCACGAUGUUUCUUAUCUGCAACAAUGCUGCACAGGGCAUAUUAUCAUCAUUUUUCUUCAAGUAUGCAGAUACAAUUUUGAAGAAGUACUCAUCAACAAUUGCGACUAUCUUCACCGGAGUAGCCUCUGCUGUGCUGUUUGGCCACACACUGACGAUAAAUUUUGUUCUUGGAAUUUCAAUAGUAAUCAUAUCUAUGCAUCAGUAUCUUUCUAACCAAAUUAAGGACGAAGUGCCUAGCAGCAAAGUUGAAAUGGCUGAAGCUCAUGAUCACAGAAAAGAACCUAGUUAUGUCAACGUGCCUGAUUCAGGGGCAAGUGAGUCUAAACACCGCCAUGGAUCUGACGAGAGGCAGCCACUUCUUCCCGUAUGAUUUUGUAGAAGAGGCGCACUGUUUCCUCAACAGAGCAGCAUGUAAAGAGAGUAUUUUUAGCGGGUAUUUGACCUAAUUGUCUCUGAAGCAACAUUGGUGCCAUGCUGUUGGCGGGGUAAAGUAUAUGCAUAUUCGGCGGCAGUGACGAGCUUCGUGAAGUACACUAAUAGAGUAAUGGUCUUUGGAUGAAUGAGUCGAUACCUUUAGCCUAAUGGGUGGUAAAACUAGUGUGAUAAGAUCAGCGAGGAAUAAAGUCACCACCAUUUUUUCCUGUCUUGUGAGUUGGUGAGUUGAUAUUGAUACAGCCAUCAGCCGUGGUUCUACUCUCUCUCUCUCUUUCUCGCGGCACCAUGUAAAUAGAAAUAUCAGUUCAUUUCUGAUGGCGCGUGCCACGGUGCCAACCAGAGAUUUUAUUCUUGUAUGUGCGUGUUGCAUGAGAGAUACUACGGCGUGUUUACUGAUCACUGAGCUUUGCAUGUCUUCUGAAUUACAGCAAAACGCCUAAUUGGUACUCCAUUA